CAUUUAUUGCAAGUCGUGACUUGAUCUGCGUGGAAGCUGAUUAGCGUCUCCCGAUAAAUAAACGGUUGAAAAAACCCACAGGAUUUACGGUCAAUAACUCCAAACUAAUUAAUUGGAGCAUAAAUUGACGAUUAGUCUCGUCACUUCGCUUUAUCAUCGACAGUUACUCGAUAUAAAUUGUUUUCUUCGUCCUCAUACGAAUCUCGAGUCUCGCCGAGUGCACAUUUUCUUCGUCGAUCGCCAUUAUUUGGCCGCUUUUUCAGCGGUGAAAACGGACGUCCGUAUUGUUCCUGAGAAUAAGUUGUUCAAGGUGUUUCGUGAAGGUGUUGAAUAGUGAGAGAAGCCAAUAUGGCACACCAAUUUACUCCUGUCGGUGGCGAGCUUGGAGAAAUUUUGCAAAAAACCUUCACCAACUACUUUCGAACCGCAUACAUAAAAGUCGAUGGAUGCAUUUUACCAGAGAAUUAUAAACAGUUUGCCGAUGCGAUUGAAAACUUCGAGGUUCGUGAUGACGACAUUUGGGUUUGCAGUUACCCAAAAACCGGUACGACAUGGACGCAGGAAAUGGUCUGGAGCAUCGCUAAUAAUUUGAACUUUGAGCGUGCGAAAAUACCCCUUCCUGAGAGAUUUCCGUACCUCGAAUUCUCACCGAUGUUCGAAAAGACUGAAAUCAUACGACGCAAUCCAGGCAUCGUAAUUCCGGAAUACGCUAUGGACAGUCCGGGGUACGCUUCCAAGAUGCCUAGUCCUCGAUUCAUCAAGACUCACCUACCCUUCCAUCUUUUGCCACGCCAGCUGAGAACCGGGGAAAAGAAACCUAAAAUCUUGUACGUCGUCCGAAAUCCGAAAGACACCUGCAUAUCAUUCUAUCAUCACUGCAAACUCGUCGAGGGAUACAACGGGACCUUUGAAGAGUUUUACACUCUUUUCCUAGGAGAGUCUGAUCAUUACGGACCAUUCUGGAUGAACGUAUUGGGCUACUGGAAGAACAGAAAAGAGCACAAUAUUCUGUGGCUGACUUAUGAAGAUAUGAAACAGGAUUUAUCUGCGGAGAUUUUGCGAACGGCCAUAUAUCUGGGCAAUACUUUGAACAAGGUUCAAUUGUCAUUGUUGACCGAACACUUGAGCUUCGCGAGCAUGAAAGCGAACCCCGCUGUGAACUACGAGGAGCUUAUAGCUAAACUUCACGAAAUGUCUCAAGUCAAAAGAGAAGGUGUUUUCAUGAGGAGUGGGACGACGAAACAGUGGAAGUCUUUCAUGACUCCAGAGCUCAUCGAACGGUUCGACGAAUGGACGGAGAAGCAUUUGAAGGGUACCGGACUCGCGCUGUGAAGAGACUCGGAAAAUCUUAGACUUACUGAUUAUACGAGCUUGCAAUGUUUUUCGUAACCGCAUCCGGAAAUCGACUGUUUUCGUUUAGGAAGAAGGGAUCUGUUCAGUUAUUCUUGCGCUUUUAGAGAAAUAAUAGAUUUAAUUUAGCUCCAGAAUUUUCGUGGUAUCAGAUAUACUACUCAAUGUAAUUACUUUCCCGUCACAUUAAGAUUCUUAUAAACGAAUCAAAGCAAUCUUGAUUUGUUUAACUAAUUUUCUUUUCUUAUAAAAAUCAGACGAAAGUAAAUGAGUUUCAUUUUAAUAUGUUUCAAGUUUAUUUCUAAAUGAUGAAAUUUUGAGCUCUGCUCGAAGCCAGUCCGACCUUUUAUAAAUUGAGAUACCCGAUUGCCUCGUGUUUUGUCACGGAUCGAUUUAUUUCGAGUAAAACUGUAAAUAAUGAUAAAAUAAUAUUAAAAAUUGGA